AUGCUCUCCCGCGCUGCUAUCCGCACGUCGCAGGCCGUGGCCGGCCGCCGUGCCUUCCACUCGACCCCGUUGCGCUUCUCGUCGCCGUACCACUACCCCGAGGGCCCCUACUCCAACAUCCCGUUCAACCCCAAGAGCAAGUUCUUUGGCAUCGGCUACUGGACCUCGAUGACCUUCUUCUUCUUUGCCCCCUUCGGCAUUGCCGCCUGGCAGACGUACAAGCCGAAAUAG